AUUAAGAAAAAUAUUAAUAUAGACAAAUAAACUUCACAAAAGUGCAGAAUUAUAAACGAAGCAAAAGAAAUUGCAAUUUGCAAACGCAAAUGAAACGUGACUUUCGUUUUACGGGACAUCUGUUUAAGACUUCGAGUGGCUGAAAGGAAACUAUUUUCUUUUUAUAGGAAUAAUAUUAUUUUUAGGAUUUUAACAUACACCAUCUUCACUUGGGCGUUAGGUUUUAUUUUCAUUUAGGUUUUAGGAAUAUCGAUAUCAUUUUUGAAAUAUAUUUUUCCAUUUUUCUUAAAUCUUGUGUAAAUUUUCUUUUAUAUGUACUAAUAACCCCACCCUGGGCGGAUUUUAUGAAACUUAACAAUUAAAACGAUAUAUUUAUAUAUAUAUGCAACAAUAAUAACAUAAAUGUUCAUGUAACUUAUAUAUAAAAAUAUAUGUAAAAAAUGAUAAAUAUUCAGACCAUACAAUAUGUGGCAGACUGCAUACCUUUGUAUCUGCCGCACAGCCUUUAUCUCAAGCCGGUGGCCAAGAUUAACAUCUCAGUGGCUUUACCCUCGAAUAAAACCGGCAAAUCAAUCUCUAAUUUGGAUAUUAUGGAAAAGUUGAGCUUCGCUCUUAAGCCAGAUAAGUUUUUAGUGCUAAAGGUUUCCAAAAGCACUGUAGAUUUUAUCAGAUUUGAAGCUGAAUUAGAUGAACGUUCACGUUUACGUUCAGCUAUUAAUCGUUUGGAUGGCAUUUCUUUAAAACUACCUGGUUUUAAUGAAUCAUUUCGUGUAAGAGCCUCUGAAUCUAAGGAUGAUUUUCCCACACGUCACGAUUGGGAUUCUUUCUUUCGGGAUGCCAGUAACAUGGAUGAAAUGAAAGCAGGCGAACGUCCUGAUACCAUACACAUAUCUCAUUUGCCUAUUAAAUGGUUCUGCCCUCGUCAUCUCGAACAUGAGGAUAAUGCUAAACCAAGUGAAAGCAUUUUUAAACGUAUAUUCGAAAAAUUCGGGAGUGUACGCUGUGUCGACAUACCUAUUUGUGACCCAUAUCGUAAUAAAAUGAAUGCAGACAUUAACGGCAUGAAAACGUUUAGUUUCGAGCAGGAUGUGUUAUUUGAAGCAUACGUUCAGUUCGAUGAAUAUGUGGGGUUUGUGCGUGCAAUGGAUGAAUUUCGAGGUAUGAAAUUGGUACGAAAGUUUGUCGACAAAACUCAAGCCGUUAAUAUUAGUGCGAACUUCGAUACCACCAAACAUUUGAGUGACGGUCAAAACCAACGACGUGAACGCGUACGAAAGCGUUUAAUAGCUAAAGUAAAGGCUGACGAAGAAGAAAAAGAGCGUAAGAAAAAGUUGGAAAAAGAACGUUUGGAACGCGAAAGGCAACGGCAAGAGGAAGAGAAAUUGGCCGAACUAGAGAGACAGCGGGAACGUGAAGAGCGACGAAAAGAGAAACAUUUGAAAAGGAUACAAGAAAAGAGUCAAAUAGAAAUCUCGCAAAAAAUACGAGUCGAGGAACGUAAACUAAUGAUAGCUCAAAGAAAGUUGGAAAGUAUACGCAUUUUGGAGCAACUGUUUGACCGAAUGAAGUUAAAACAUCUCGCGAAGUAUGGUACGAGCACUUCCAGAAAAUAUCAAUUAGAGCAGCAAAAAGAUACAAUGCGUGAACGAUUAGUGGAAAAAUACAAAACAGCUACUGAAAAAUUGCUCAUGGAACAAAAACGCAAAGUUGAAGACAUUAGGAAUAAAACUCCUCUUAUGGGAUUGUUGAAAAGUAAAAAGACGAAGGGUUCAUCUGAGGAGUCGGCUGAUGAAAGUGAUGGCAAACGUAAAGUGAACUCUACAAAUGAUGCAGGAGCAAAUACUUCAACAAAUGCUGCUGCCAGUACGGAGAGUCAACCUAUGAAUCCUUUUAAAGCUGUAGCAGCCUUAGCCACGGGAGCGACGGCGAAUCCAUACAAUACAGAAGCGGCUAGCGAGUGGAUGAAAUCAUUAAUGUUCCCCUACGUACCGCCUAUGUUUCCAGGAAUGUCUCAUCUAUAUCGACCACCCGCAUAUCCAGUUUCAGGCAGCUAUCGCAGCUUUGCUCCAAGAAUGCGAAUGCGCAUUAGGGGCAGAGGUCGCGGUCGCGGUAUGGGGUAUGAUAAUCAUUACCCUUCAAACCACUACUACAACAAACAUUACAAUCAUGGCGAUAAUGAACGUUACAAUGACGAUGAAGAUGGGGGAGGCGGUGGUAGUAGUUACUAUCACUACAAAUCUUAUGCGAGAGGAAGGAAUCGUUUGCGUUCUCGUACACGCUCCAGAGACCGUCGGUCACGGUCGCGGUCGCGUACACGCACACGGUCGCGUUCCCAUAGUCGCAGCCGUUCACGUGAUAGACGUAGUCGCACGCGCUCACGUCAUCGGCAUUACUCUAAGCGCACCAGAUCGCAUACGCGCUCUCGAUCAAGAUCGUACAGCCGCUCACGUUCGCGUACACAUUCAAAGUCGCGCUUGAAAUCUCGCGAAGAUAAACGUAGCAAAAGCCCCAAUCAACAAAUGAUAUCGAAUAAACCCCCUGAAAAGAUCAACAAGAAACUAGCUUCCACCCGUCGUUCACGUUCAUAUUCUUCGUCCUCCCAUUCAAGGUCGCGUUCACGCACUCGUAAUCGUUCGCGUUCUAGGACGAGAACGCGUUCGCGAUCACAUUCACGUUCGGCACGUUCGAGGCGUUCUUGGUCUCGGCGAAGCAGUAGUCACCGUUCCCCUUCUAAACGUAAGGUAAUUAUAGACUCUGAUAAGCUAGUGCGUUCUGCAGAAGAAAUUAAGCGUACCAUUGAAAAGGAUAUGAAAGAACGUAUGCGUGAGGAAGAACGCGAAAUUAAAGAGACUUUUAAUAAACGGCACAAGCAAGUUUUGGUGCACAAUGCCGCUAUUACGGCCGUUAUGUUACGGGCAUCAGCUAGUGAAAGUGGUAUUGGCACAGCAGAGCAUUCGGCAAAUGAAUCUUCCGUGACUAACUCAGCGCAAGACAAAGAGGACUCUUCAAAGGAAGGAGGAUGCGACGAUGAAGAAGAUGAAGGGCAUUUACGUAAACAUUUUAGCCGUCCCUCUUCUCGACGUCACUCUUUUGAAGCAGAGGUUGAAAACUCUAAUUAAGUUUCCAGAUUUCUUUAAUAGAAUGUUUUGACAUCUAGAUAAUAUAAAAGAAAAGCAAAUAAACAUUUAUAUUGUAAGGGUGAGAAGCGAGAUUG